UUCAAGAUCAUUCCUCAAACGCAAAAUGACUGAGGGAGUGGACUGCUCUGCAGCCUCUUGUGUGAGUGCUAUUAAGACUUUUGUUGAAAACGGAAAAACUCUGCUGGAGCUCGCCGUGAAGGAAAGCCAGGAAGGAUCCCUCCAGGACUUUAUUCAACAGAAAAUCCGGAUCGAAUGCGACCAGUCUCUUUUGGGCCUGAUUGAGGCUGCCGCUGCGUUGUAUAGAAGCCUGUCUGUGAAAAAGAAAAAAGAUGCUGAAGACUUGUGGAGAAAAUGGUAUCGCGUUGCUGAACUGCAGGACGCUGUGGAAGACUUUCUGCAGUUGGGAGUCGAGUGGGAUGCCUUUCUGGAGCACUUGGACAAUAAGGUGUAUCAGAGCGAGACAACACGGGAUCAAGGUGCUCCGGCCAGAUUGGUUGCACCCGACACGCAGCUCAUCAAUGCCAGGACUGGAGAAAGGCUGACGUUGGACAGAUACCUCGGCAAAGGUGAAAAGAUUCUGCUGGUGUUGAUCCGCCAGUUCUCCUGCCUCCUUUGUCGUCUCCAUCUUAAAGAUCUGGAGGCCAAUCAGAGGGCCCUGGAUGCACGCUCACUCAGAGUGGUUGUAGUGUCAUUUGGCUGUCAGGAGGGGGCACAACACUGGCUACAGGAGACAGGUUGUCGGUAUGACAUGCUACUGGACCCGCACAGAAAGCUGUACAGCACAUUGGGCCUGGGAUCGUCUCUGAAGAAAGUGUUGAAUUUUAACAACAUGCUCCUCUACGGUGAAUACCUGCUCGCCAAUAUGGAGUUCCCCAGAGGCCUUCCAACUAUCCAAGACGACAUGUUCCAGCUGGGAGGAGACUUCAUCGUGGAUGAACAGGGGAGGCUGCUGUUCUCUCACCGCUGUCAGAGUCCCAUAGACCGACCCUCUCUGAAGGACAUACUGGCAGCAUGAAACAGCAUACAUCCCCUUCUUUCACAAUAUUGAAAAUAUCUCCUAGAUAGAAAACAGAAUUUAAGCUAAAACUGAAGGGUAAUAGAAAUAUCAGCCCUGGUGAUAAAGUAGAGAAAUUGGACCAUAUUGUGUGGAGCACAGAUGGGGAAUCUAGAAAUGGACUAAGGCCAGUGUGGGUCAUGCACUGAAAUACUUCUAUACUGUAGGGUAGAUCAAGCAACCCCCACCCCCACCCCACCCCAAGACUUUUGUUUCUCACAGUGCUACCGUUUGAAACAACUGAAACAUAGACUUAUCAAUCAAAGUUUAAUUUGACUAUUUAUAGCAUCCUUAACAACCUUUAAAAAAAAACAUGGGUGCUUGUCCUCUUCAAGGGCACUUUUCGCCUUUUCUACCCCACAGUAUACUGUGUACUUCUACACUGGCUGAAAAUAGGAAAAGACAAAAUAUUCACUCCUGGGUUUUACUUCCAUGACAUUUGGUCUGAGCAUGUGUCACGAAAUGGCGAUUGUCUUAUCUUAUGAAUAAAAUCCAUUAAAAUGUGAAGUUUUACAAAUGUGU